AUGAAGAUUUUGCAUACAAUUUCUGCUGUUGUGAUUCUAUUCCUCCUCCUUCUGAUGAUACUACUCCGGAUUCUUCUCGGAGCAUCAAAGGCUUUUUUUCUUAUUGCUAAUAUUGAAGUUUCAACCAUUUUCUCUGCAUUCAUCAUCUUUAUUCUCCAAUUCACUUUGAAUGUGACCUCAAUUUGCGGUGUAAUCAAGCUGGUCAUCUUUUGCACUAUACUUGUUGUCUUCAUUGUCACUAUAGCUAUCGUAUCAUGUAUCCGUUUAGGAUGUUCGACGACAUUUUCCAUCUUCAUAGUAGCUGAUAUUCUUCUUUUUGUCCUACUGUCAUGUGGAUACUUAUGUUAUAGAAGAAGAUAUAGAAGAAGAAAUCAAUGGAGACAUGUUCAAAGUCCAUUACAGAUAAUAACUGCAAGAGAGCAAGAACUCCAUCUUGAUUACAGUUAUUUAAGACACAUUGCAGGAUUGCCAAAAAACUUCAGAUAUGAGGAACUCUCAGCAGCAACCAAUAAUUUUCAGAAUCAAGUUGGUAGAGGUGGUUCUGGUUCUGUCUUCAGAGGAGUUCUCAGUGAUGGUUCACAGAUAGCAGUCAAAAGAAUUGAAGGAGAAGUCCGCGGAGAAAGGGAGUUCUGGAAUGAGCUCGUCGCCAUUGCUACCGUGCAACACUUCAAUCUUGUUCGUCUUCUUGGUUGUUGCCACAUCCCCGGUGAUAAUCUUCGCUAUCUUGUCUAUGAGUUCAUCGAGAACGGGUCUCUAGAUUCUUGGUUAUUCAAGAAGAACAAUAGAGAAGAACAAGAAGGAGAUGAAGUUUUCUUGACAUGGCCAUUAAGAUAUCAAGUAGCAGUGGAUGUAGCAAAAGCACUGGCAUAUUUGCAUCAUGAUUGCAGGCUAAAAAUACUGCAUCUUGAUAUCAAACCAGAAAACAUCCUGCUUGACACUGAUUUCAGAGGCCAUUUAACAGAUUUUGGAAUUUCCAGAUUGAUGAAAAGAGAGGAAACUAGUGUUUUAACAACAGUGAGAGGAACCAGAGGUUACUUAGCACCAGAAUGGUUCUUUGGAGAUGGUAUAUCAGAAAAAUCAGAUGUUUAUAGUUAUGGUAUGGUGCUUUUAGAGCUUGUUGGUGGACAGAGGAACAUGAAAGUCAUACAUGAAGGAGUAGGAGUAGAGAAUAGCACAAUGAGAUUAUUUUGCUUUCCAAGGAUUGUGAAUGAGAAAAUGAGAGAAGGGAAGGUGAUGGAGGUGGUGGAUGAGAGGUUGGUAAGAAGAGGUGAUGUUGUAGAGAAGGAAGUGAAAGCAUUGGUUUGUAUAGGACUGUGGUGCAUUCAAGAGAGACCAGAAGUGAGGCCAAGUAUGGAGUUGGUUGUGGACAUGCUUGAAGGUCAUGUGGAUGUGAGCAUGCCACCAGAGACAAGGAUGUUCAUGGGUGGUUUCUUGGUGCCUAUGACAAUGGAUGUAAACUCUAUGAAUGAUGAUGAUGAUGAUGAAAAUGGGUCCAUUAGAGAAGAGGUCACUGUUAUUACUUCAUUCAAUUCAUGAAACAUGCAAGGAUCUCCAUUAAAGGACCACCACCUUCUGCAUCUUGUUUGCUAUUUUGUUGGCAAUUGCACAUGCUAGUGUCAU